CACUAUUCCUUCCUUCACAUUUAUAACAUCUCACAUUAUCACUCAAUUUCCCCUGUUUUUAGUACUCCAUGAAUUUAUUUAUUUUUAUUUUUUUUUUUAUUUUAUUUUAUUUUUCUUAGGAAGUAAUACUUCAUGAUUUCAUUUGCAUUGUUUCAUCAUCAUAAUAACAAUAAUAUCCCACCCACCUUAUCUAAACUCUGAAUUUUCAUCUGGGUAUUUCUGAUUUCACCCACAUUCAUGCAAAAAAUUCAAAACUUGGAAAAAAAAUUAAUAUAUUGAAGGCAGAAAUUGGAAGAUAAUAGUGUUGGAAGCUUGAAUUGUGAAUAAAAACAAAAUUGUUUGUAAUAUGAUGAAAAUGAUGCAAUUUAAUUUAAUUUUUAUAACAAGGUGCCGAUUUAUACAAAGGCAAUUUUGCUCCUCUUCGUUCAAUCGGGAAGCGUCGGUAUCAUUGGUUCAGGGAGCUUCAAGAGGCAUUGGCCUUGAAUUUGUAAAACAGCUUCUGGGUAGGGACCAGAAAGGGCAUGUUCUUGCUACAUGUCGAAAUCCUGAUCAAUCUACUGGGCUGCAGGAUCUGAAAAAUCAAUACUCUGAUCGGCUUAAACUUCUGAAAGUCGACGUGACAGAUGAAGACACCAUUGAGGCUGCAGCAACUUCUGUGAGCGAAACAUAUGGUUAUUUGAAUCUUCUUCUCAAUACAUCUGGAAUUCUGUCUAUACCCAAUUUGUUACAACCAGAAACGACAUUGACUAAAGUACAGAAACAUGCCUUACUGCUUGCAUAUGAAGUUAAUGCAGUGGGUCCUCUGCUAAUGAUGAAGCACAUGUGGCCCCUGCUUAAGUCGGGAGGGAAAAUAGGGACUACGAGGGAUGCUGCUGUUGUGGCAAAUUUGAGCGCCAGAGUUGGAUCUAUCGGUGACAAUAAUCUAGGUGGAUGGCAUUCAUAUCGAGCUUCAAAGACAGCAUUGAAUCAGUUGACAAAAACAGCUUCAGUGGAAUUUGCUCGUAAGAAGGAUCCAAUUAUUUGCCUCUUGCUGCAUCCUGGCACAGUUGAUACUGAUCUAUCUCAGCCUUUUCAGAGAAAUGUUCCAAAGGACAAGCAAUUCACCAAAGAGUUUUCUGUGAAUAAGCUCUUAAGCAUCAUCGAUGGUGCUAAGAUUCAUGAUAACGGGAAGUUUUUUGCUUGGGAUGGUCAAGAAAUUCCUUGGUGAUGUUUGAUGGUCUUGGAUUCCAUUAAGAUUUCAAGACAUAUCACUUCAUUGAUAUUCAAAUAAUUUGUUUGCCAAUGAUAAAAUCAUUCUGAAUUCUUCAUGGUACGAACAGUUAGAAAACAAGUGAAAGUCAUACAGCCGAUACAGGUAGAUAACUGAUGUAUAUUACUGCUGUCAAAUAAUGCUGAAUGUAGUACUGGAGUUAUUUUGGUGCUGCAAUUCAUGUUACUACGUAUAUACCUCCUGCUCCUCAAAAUAAGCUGAGUGGUCAUGCAAGAGCAGUUAAAUAAUUAAUAAUUUUUUCUAUUUUUGUAGUUGUAUUACAGAUCAUACCUUUAAAAUUGUACGAUUUUUAUCUAAUCAUAGGUGCGUACGCUAUUAGCAAAUAUUUUUUUAAUAAAAACACUUUUGAUGCAUGUUUGU